UUCUUCAUAGACAGCUCGUCAACCACCUCGGUAGCUUGCUAGCCAACAUAGCCGAAAGAUUCAAGCUAUUUAGACGCGUUCAGUGUAUAUUAGCUUCUGUGUUUUAGACACGCGUCUCUCUUAUUUACUUGUUAACCUAUUUAAUAUUACGUUAUUUUUUAUUAGUCAGCUAUAGUAGCUGGCUGGUUAAGUUAGCACUAGCCUAGUCGCUAAUGAUAGCUAGCUAGCUAACAUCCCCGAACAUGAGCUCCCUAAACUACUCCCCUCCUGUUAUUAAAGAAGAAGAGGAGGUCUGCUGGACGGAGAAAGAAGUUCUGGGGCUGAACAUUGUUGUGAAAGAGGAGAAGGAAGAGGAGGAUGUCACAGUAAAACAAGAAGUAGAGGGUGAGGCUGUUACCGUGAAAGAAGAAGAGGAAGACUCGUUCAGAGUGAAAGAGGAGGAGGAUGUUACAGUAAAAGAAGAGGAGUAUGCCGUUUUUGGAGUGAAGAAGGAAGGAGAGAUUACUGUCACAUUGAAAGAUGAAGAGGUGGAAAUCAGAGAUCUGAGUAACACCAGAGAGAGACCAGACUCUCACUAUGACAGCAGGAAGAGUCCUUCAGAAGAACCAGACCCAGAGACGCCCAAACCAGCGAGACAACACAACUGCUCCCACUGUGAAAAGAGUUUUCGCUGUUUAGGGAACCUAAAACGCCAUGAGAAGAAACACACAGGAGAAAAGCCAUACCACUGCUUACAAUGUGAAAAGAGUUUUUCCGGAUUAGGGGACUUAAAAGCUCAUGAGAGGACACACACAGGAGAAAAGCCUUUCCACGCUGGGAACAUUGGAAAGAGUUUUAUUCAGUUAGGAAGCCUGAAGGAGCAUGAGGGGAUGCACACAGGAGAAAAGUGUCAUCACUGUUCCCAGUGUGGAAAGAGUUUUACUGUGUUAAAUAACCUGAAAAGGCAUGAGAGAAUACACAAAGGAGAAAAGCCAUUUCAAUGUUCCCAUUGUGGAAAGCGUUUUACUCAGAGAGGGCACCUACAAGAGCAUGAGAGAAUACACACAGGAGAAAAGCCUUACCACUGCUCCCAGUGUAAAAAUAGAUUUUCACGAGUAGGGGACCUAAAAGCUCAUGAAAGUACACACACAGGAUUAAAGCCUUACCACUGCUUCUUAUGUGAAAAGAGAUUUUCCCGAUCAGGGGACCUAAAAGCUCACGAGAGGACACACACAGGAGAAAAGCCUUUUCAAUGUUCCCAGUGUGGAAAGAGUUUUACCCUGUUAGCUAAUCUGAAAAGGCAUGAGAGAAUACACACAGGAGAAAAUCCUUUUCACUGUUCCCACUGUGGAAUGAGUUUUAUUCAGUUAGCGAGCCUGAAGGCACAUGAGUGGACACACUCAGAAGAAAAGCCUUUCCAGUGUUCCCAGUGUCGAAAGAUUUUUACCCUGUUAGCUAACCUGAAAAGGCAUGAGAGAAUACACACAGGAGAAAAGCCUUACCACUGCUUCCAAUGUGAAAAGAGAUUUUCCCGAUCAGGGGACCUUAAAGCUCAUGAAUGGACACACACAGGACAAGAACCUUUCCAUUGUUUCCAGUGUAGAAAGCGUUUUACCGUGUUAGCUAACCUGAAAAGGCAUGAGAGAAUACACACAGGAGAAAAGCCUCAUCACUGUUCCCACUGUGGAAUGAGAUUUAUUCAGUCAAGGAGCCUGAAGGAGCAUGAGUGGACACACACAGGAGAAAAGCCUUUCCAAUGUUCCCAGUGUGGAAAGAGUUUUAUCGUGUUAAGUAACCUAAAAAGGCAUGAGAGAAUACACACUGGAGAAAAGCCAUUCCAAUGUUCACAUUGUGGAAACAGUUUUACUCAGAGAGGGCACCUAAAAGAGCAUGAGAGAAUACACACAGGAGAAAAGCCUUACCGCUGCUCCCAGUGUAAAAAUACAUUUUCCAGAGUAGGGGACCUAAAAGCUCACGAGAGGACACACACAGGAGAAAAGCCUUUCCAAUGUUCCCAGUGUAGAAAGAGUUUUACCGUGUUAGCUACCCUGAAAAGGCAUGAGAGAAUACACACAGAAGAAAAGCGAGGCACCGAAGAUGUGGAUGUCUAAUAAGGCAGCCCCCCGCACCUCUCUGAUUUAGAGUGGUUGGGUUAAAUGCGGAAGACACGUUUCAGUUGAAUGCAUUCAUUUGUACAACUGACUAGGUGUCACCCAUUCCCUAUUAUAGAGCUCUGUUCAGCCUAUAAACAUGAAAGCAAGGUUAUAUUUAAUGUUCUACAUUAUUAUUAUUGGGGCAGCCGCCAAGUUAUGAAAAUUAUGGUAUGUUCUGAAAACUGACUUCAGGCUUUUGAGGAAUCUAGCCUCACAGGAAGACAGUUUUAUUUUAUGGAGGUUUUUUAGUAUUUAACUAAAUACUCUGUCUUUGGUAGGAGAGGGACCAGACUUAUCACUGUUCCCACUGUGGAAUUAGUUUUAUUCAGUUAGGGAGCCUGAAGGAGCAUGAGUGGACACACACAGGAGAAAAGCCUUACCACUGCUCCCAGCGUAAAAACUGAUUUCACGAGUUGGGGACCUAAAAGCUCAAGUGCGAAUACACACAGGAGAAAAGCCUUUCCAAUGUUCCCAGUGUGGAAAGAGUUUUACCUGCUUAAGGAGCCUGAAGGAGCAUAAGAGGACACACACAAUAAAAGUCCAACCACUGCUCUCUCUCUGUGUGGAAGGACAUUUUCCCAGUCAGCGAUCCUGAAAUCACAUGAGAAAGGCUGUAUUCCUACUUAUAUUUUUGACAGAGAAUUUGUGUUUUUGUUUUGUGCCACAUUAAAUCAUAUUGUUUAUGAUUAUACCCGUCUAUAUAAGGUCCGACAGUUGGCAAUGCACGUCAGAGGCAAACUCCAAGCCAUGAGGUCGAAGAAAUAGAGGUAGAAGAAAUUGUCCGUAGAGCUCAGAGACAGGAUUGUGUCGAGGCACAGAUCUGGGGAAGGGUACCAAAAAAGGUCUGCAGCAUUGAAGGUCUCCAGUGGCUGCCAUCAUUCUUAAAUGGAAGAAGUUUGGAACCACCAAGACUCUUCCUAAAGCUGGCCGCCCGGCCAAACUGAGCAAUCGGGGGAGAAGGACCUUGGUCAGGGAGGUGACCAAGAACCCGAUGUUCACUCUGAUGAGAAACAAGAUUCUCUGGCCUGAUGAACUCUUUGGCCUGAAUGCCAAGCGUCUCUCCUGGCGUAAAAAGCAUGGUGGUGGCAUCAUCAUGCUGUGGGGAUGUUUUUCAGCGGCAGGGACUGGGAGACUAGUCAGGAUCGAGGGAAAGAUGAACACACACAGAACACACACAGGAGAGCAAUCUUUUAGCUGUGAUCUACGUGGGAAGAGUUUUGGUACAUCUGUCUAUCUGAAGACACACCAGAGAACAUACACAGGAGACAAACCUUCUAGCUGAGAUAGUCUGAUAUAAGAUCUCUGAUCAAACAUCAGAAAAUACAUACAUGAAGGAGUUGUUUCAUGGAAUCAAUGAAAUAAUGUCACAAUCUAGAAUGUUCUUAACAUUGUGGUAGAAUUAUUUGAAUUAAUUUCACAAUGUAGAACCCUAAACAUUUGAUUUAACAAAACGUCCCUUUAAAAAGUUGGUACAUUUACCACGUUGGUGACCCACUUGAAUCAAAUGCAACACUCAAAUGUAACGAGCUGUUUUCUACAAAUGUUCCUCUAACCAGUGAUGUACACAUUAUUCCCAGACUCCGUGUGGUUUUUGAGUUGUUUUUGCAACCAGGACUUGCAACCAUAUCUCCCUCCUCUCGACGAUUUAUUUCAGCAUGAUAUCGAUGAGUGAUGACAAAUAAGUGUUGCAUUCCUUUAUUUAGCGACCCCUACAUUUAAAUGCAUUACUCCAAAAUGUAGCUGACUGUCUUCUGCAGGUUGUCCUCUAACCAGUGAGGUAAAAGAUAUCUCCCAUUUCCAUGUGUUUUUUUUAGUUGUGUUCGUUUCAACAGCACAUACAACCUGAUUUCCCCCUAAUCGAUAUCAGUGAUUUAUUGCUACUUGUCAAAACAACAACAUUUUUGGUGUUGUGCAGUUUAUUGUGCAGUUUAUAAGGUGCUUGUUUAAAAAAAAUUCAAGUAAUAUGAUUAUUGUGGCAGAUGUUUGUGUAGAUAGUACAUUUUAUGUUUAGGAUUUCAAUUAAUCACAAAACUGUUUCUGCAUUUGGACUAUUGAUUUGGACACCUUUAAACUGUGACAUUAAUUUCAACGUAUUUGCAGCCUAUACACAUGGACGCAGUAUAAUAAAUUGGUCUAAUAAUCAGCCUGACAAAAGAUACAUGUUUUA